ACUUGGUCAACGUUAGUCUCCCAAUGGCCCCAACACGUUGCGAGAAGAAAUCUUCCUAGCCUUGCGACUGACAGUCUUUUUAGAUUCUAUGUGCAUGCUGGCACACCACCGCAACAUUUUCACGUACUGCCAUCCUUUAGCGGACAAACUAUCUAUAUACGUAAGCAAAAUACCAAUAUAUGUAUGGUAGAAGAUUCUGUUUGACAAUGUCGCAUCUCCGCCUUCAGCCAUUGAUCAAGACUGCGAGCGUUUCAACAUCACAGAGUGCGGCGGUUCGCGGGGUGUCGAAAUUUUCGAAUCAAGACCGAGUUCUGGUUUCCAGCCCAACAGAUCAUCAUCAUGGGAUGAGAUGGGUAUCUAUCGAAUUGGCAUCGGACGCGAUUAUGGACUGACGGGUAAUGCUGUAUAUGGUUACGACACCAUAGGCCCUUCGACAAGUGGAGCAAUUGACGUGUCGACUCUGGAAAAGCAUGCUAUUGCCGCAUACGCAACACCAGAUUUCUGGCUGGGCCAACUCGGUCUCUCCAUGUUCGCUUUGAACAUCAGUGACACUAACCAACCUCACUCUUUCCUUAGUAGGUUGAAGGAAGAAGGCUAUAUUCCAAGCCUGUCGUUUGGAUACCAAGCUGGAGCCCCAUAUCGAUUUACAAAGGUACCAGGAAGUCUCAUUCUGGGUGGCUACGACCGCGCCCGUCGUUCCAACGAUACCCUCCUUGUCCCCUCGACAGAGGACACAAUUAUUGGCCUGCAGAGCGUCACUGCCGCUUUCAAGAACGGUACAGUCGCGGAUCUCCUAAACACUGGCAUUUUAGCAGUCCUAGAAACCAGCGUCCCGGAACUAUGGCUACCACCUUCUGUAUGCGACAGCUUCGCCUCUGCCCUGGAUCUAACCUACCACGAAGCAUCAGACCGGUACGUGUUGACAGAUACCGUACACCGCAGACUCCAAGACACUUCACCAAGCUUCAACUUCAUAAUCGGUACCUCAAUAUCCGGCCGCAAAACAAUCACCAUAGAGAUCCCGUACGCAGCAUUCGACUUACAAGCCAAGUACCCAAUCUUUGCGAGCACAACCAAUUACUUUCCCCUCAGGAGAGCAGCAAAUGAAAGUCAGUAUGCCUUGGGAAGAGCUUUUCUGCAGGAAGUGUAUAUGAGCGUGGAUUGGGAGAGGGAUGUAUUCAACAUCAGCCAAGCGCUGUUCAGUAGUCCACCGCCUGCGCCUGACAUCAUCGUCAUCGAACCGAAGAACAAGACUUUGAUUUCUUUGCCCGGGCCCACACCAAGAGAGCCACAGAAGCUAGCUGCUGGAGCAAUCGCAGGCAUCGUAAUAGGCAGUCUUCUCUUCUUUGUAUUUCUGGUUGGAGGUGCAUGGUGGUUGUCCCGCCGCCGAAAGCUCGCGAAAUAUGCAGCGGAAGCGCAAGCGUUGCCGUUGGAGGGAAGGAAAGACCCGAAUGACUUUGCGCCGGAAACUGUUGACAAGCCGCCUGGUGAGAGAUUGGACGUGGAACUUGAGGGACAGCCAGUCGGAGAAAUGUAUGCGCCGCAUGGGGAGAGUGAGAUCCAGCAUUUGGCAGGGAAUGAAAGCGACAUUGGUACAAAGGAAGUGAUCGAGUUGGAUAGCCCCCAGCCGAUCUAUGAGCUGCCUACUUCAGGGCCGGGUAGAUGACCAUUGUCCAAAAGAAUGAUUCGUAUGUAGUAUAUUGUGAAUCUUUUGUACAAAGCAACAUCUGAGUUCUCCAUAAACACCAUUGACACCGUGUGGGCAGCCGCACCUGGUACCCGGACCGAUCUAAUACACAUUUUACAUAAAAUAUCCAUCCUUUAUCAAUCAAGCCCGGAAUCGCCGACUCUUGCUCUGGCUCUGUACUCGCGACCUUGAUUCCCCUCUUUUUCUUCGGAGUCU